AUUAGGUUCAAUAAUAUUAAAUGCUAACUGGUCAUAAAUCCCAACAAGAGGAAAUUUAAGCUCUCUAUCGCGCAUGCGGAUGUCUUUAAUGAAGUCGUUCGGGAAUUUUGUUCAACACACUUUGUGACAUUUUCCAUGGCUCAACGUGUCGUUAAAAAUGUUGAAAACGAUUACUUGAUAUGCAGCAUAUGUUUAGGACGGUAUGAAAAUCCAAAACUACUACCGUGUGGUCAUACGUUUUGUCGCCAGUGUUUAAACGACCACAUUACCCUGACGGUAACGGAUCGAGCAGCUCAAGGGUUUAACUGUCCAAAUGACCGUUCCCUCGUCAAGAAACCGAAAGUCGGUCUUAAUCCAAGACAAUGGGCGGACGCCUAUCCUACAGAUACGUUCCUUGUAAGUUUGAUUCAAGCCGUAGCCACUCAUGAAGGCGAGGGUUCUCCACCAGUCGGUGCUACUGCUCAGGCUUCUUCCUCCAACGCUGAGCAGACGACAACCUCUGAAGAGGCGGGAAGUUCUAAUGGACCUCGCUGUGAAAAACAUCCAGAUCGACAAAUUGAGUUCUUCUGUCUUGGCUGUAGUAUUUCAAUUUGUCCGUUUUGCGCUGUGCGGGAACAUAGAAAGAGAACAUGUGAAUGCGUCUCUAUAUCUGAUGCAAUGGAGAGACAGAGACCCAGAAUCCAAGCGUUGAAAAGAAGAUUUGAAACUCAAAUUCAAAAGAUUCAGAGAUUAAACCGAGGAGAAGGAAUCCUAAAUGGCACGUUUACUAGUAGUAAAGAGAGGGCAUUAAAUACACUUAAUGACAUUGAAGGAAAAUUGGGUACAUUCUACCAAAUCAUACUUCAGCAAGUGGAAAUUUUACGUCAGCAAGUCAAUGAGGCAACAGUUAAUUUUGCUGGCGAAAACCAGCAGCUGAAUUCUGUUCUUGAAAACAUUGAAUCGACAAAAAUUACUUUCGAAAACAUGUGUAACAUUAACCCUAGUGCUGAUAUCUUGAAUAUUCUUCCCCGAAUGGAGACACAAGCAGACGAAUUUGAUACUGCCACGCAAGCUGCCAAUCAAAAUGCUGGGAUGCAACUUGAUGUUGUUACAAAUACAUCAUUUGAAAGUUUUUUACGAAAUCCCCCACCAAUUGGUACUGUCAAAGUUACCCGCGGCGGUAGAGCCAACAAUCGAAGAUCAAUCAAUCGACGAGACCAAACCAGAUCCAAUCAAAACAGCGGCAAUCAACCUCAGGAUUUCCAACGACAAAUAUCCACUGGGGCUGUGCGACCGACGCUAACACCUCGACCGACAAGAGAACCAAGACCAACAAGAACUCUUACCAGAGUCAACGUAAAAGUGGCGUCAGAAUCCGUGUCUGCGUGGCAUAUGACCGGUGUGGUAUUCAUUGGAAACACCAUUGUUGCAGUUGACCAUCUAAAUGAGAUGGUCCGACAAGUCACCAUUUCAUCACAGGCUCUAAAUCUCACUUUACCAUUGGAGAAGCCUGUUUCGAUCUGUAACGUGUCUUGCCCAACAGAAGUCGCAGUCACGCAACCAGAGAAAAGAACUAUCACGAUUUUAUCGACGGAACGAGGACUGAAUGUGAAAGGGAUCGUGCGUACCAAUAAAGCGUACGAAGGGAUCGCUCAGAUGCAAAGUGGAGACUUUGUGGUAUCAUGUAUCCAAGGUAGGAUGUCCAUUGAUGUAAUCGACAGAUCAGGUCACGUGUUAAAGUCAAUAGAACGGUCACACUCCUUCAGAUGCCCACGGUUCCUGUGUGUUACUUCCUCCGGAAGUGUAAUAGUUAGUGACAGGGAACAGAAACACGUGGUCAGCGUCAACUUCACGACCAGCCAAUUAGAAUGGACCUACUCCACCCCCUGCUCUCCGUGGGGCGUGGCUUGUGACCAGAAUGGAAAAAUAUUUAUCUGUUUAGAUAAUAAUUCGGUUCAUGUAAUCUCUGAAGACGGGCAAUUGAUACAGGAUAAAUUCAUAUCUGACAAAGAUGGCAUUAAAACUCCAUACGCUAUUUGCGCCCGUCGGGGACAAAUUGCCAUGACCGAAUUUGGACCUAGUUUGUUCGUUCCCAACAGUUCAUUUGUAUUUACUGCGAAAUUCAAUAGUUGAGUUGGCCAUAAGAUAUCACGUAUCAGUAUUGAAAACAAUGUCGAAUUUAGACUUGCAUGUAGCAAGUGAUGAUUGAAAUUCAGGUGCAAAGAACCUGUUUCAUUAUUUGGAAAAAAAAAAUCAAUCUGUCAAAUCAUGCAAAAUCGCAAAUGCUAGCUUGUUCUUCCGAUAUCAGGGUUAUCAUUUGGUGGUGGACUUUUUACUAGUAUUCAAGAAGUUCAAAGGAUAUUUACAAUGAGAGUUAUCAUCUCUGAUGUUAUAUUAAAAUUCAAUAGAUCUCAGUCUACGGACUUUGAA